AUGAGAGCAUUGACGAAGUAUGCUCCCAGACACGCUUCGUCAUUACGUGACUGGAAACACAUCUCCAACUUGACCUUAGCGGAUGACGAUCCGACUGGAUCAACUCCUAUUGACCUCAUUAUUGGAGCUGAUUUGUAUAGCAAGGUUCUUGUCAAUAUACGCAAUGGACCCAUAGGUCAACCAGACGCUAUACAAUCGCAUUUCGGGUGGAUUCUAUCUGGACCUACGUCAAUCCCUAAUCAUGUCAUACAAAACACCCAUGUAGUCGGCUCUACUUUGGUUUCAUCGCAUGUCGGAGCCCAACCUCAAGGCUCACCAUUACCCAGUUCACAACAAAGGUAUCAUGCAGUUGCUCACUGCUGCUCCUUGGAACGGCAAUUAUCUCAUAGAGUAGCCGAAAUUCAGACACGAUUACCAACCGGUAGUUGGCAUCACGUAAACACCAGUGAAAACCCCGCAGACUGUGCUUCGCGCGGAUUACUCGGCCGAGAUUUGAUAUCCAUCAACCUAUGGUGGCAUGGGCCGUCAUGGUUGCAUCUUCAUUCUGAUGAGUGGCCUCAUCAAAUUCUAUCAGAGCACCACGAAACUCAGUUGGAACUGAAGGCAUGUGAAGCUCAUCAAAACAGUACUCGUGAAGACUGGAGUCUUGCUGCACGGUAUUCAUGGUGGCCAAAAUUGAUACGCGUCACUGCAUAUAUAUACCGAUUCAUAAACAAAUGUCAACGGAAGCACGCGGCAGAUCACAAAGAUCACGUCCGGUCCCACGCCAUUACAGCAUUUGAGUACAUGCAGUCUCGUAACUUUUGGUUGCAUAUGAUUCAAGCAGAGGUGUUCAAGCAAGAACUUUACUUACUCAAGUCAAACAAGAGGUUAUCAAGAAACAGCGCUCUGAUAUCAUUAAAUCCAUUCCUAGACGCAAAUGGUCUACUCCGCGUUGGCGGAAGAUUGGAGCAUUCUCAUCUACCAUUUCAAUCCAAACAUCCAGUUCUACUAGCUGAUCAUCCAAUUACUACAAUGCUCAUUCGCUACACGCACAUAGCCUCGCUGCACGCCGGUCUUCAGUCUACCCUGUCUAAAAUUCGCCAAGAAUUUUGGAUUAUAAAAUCUAGGCCUUUAGUUAAAUCAGUUAUCUACAGGUGCGUUCGAUGCACGCGAGAAAGAGCUCAGGUAGCCAAUCAGUUAAUGGGUCAACUCCCAUCAACUCGAGUCUCAACGCCAACGAGGGCGUUUUUGCACAGCGGCAUCGAUUAUGCCGGUCCAGUGCUCAUUCGAGCCUCUGCUGGUCGAGGAAUCACCUCACGAAAGGCUUACAUAGCCGUUUUCAUAUGUUUGGCAACUCGAGCCAUUCAUCUCGAGUUGGUCAGCGAUUAUUCAACGCCAGCAUUUUUGAACGCAUUUCAACGAUUUUGCGCCAGACGAGGCUUGCCAGCAGUUAUGUAUUCGGAUAACGGUACAACAUUCACAGGAGCCGAUAAAGAGCUAUCCCGCGCGUAUCGGGAUGCUCAACGCAAUACGGAUUUUCUCAAUUUAAUCGCAACAGAUAGGAUCACUUGGAGUUUCAUCCCGCCUCAUGCUCCUCAUUUUGGAGGACUAUGGGAGGCAGGAGUGAAGAGUGUCAAACACCACCUUCGUCGAAUUGUAAGCUCACACGCAUUGACAUUUGAGGAGUUCACGACAGUGUUGUGCAAAAUUGAGGCUAUCCUCAACUCAAGGCCGCUUUCUCCACUCAAUGAUACUCCAGAUGACUACGAGUUCCUGACCCCAGGUCACCUUUUGAUUGGGACUGCCAUUACUACGAAUCCGGAACCUUCCGUUCUACAAUUGAACGAAAACAGAUUGUCGCGAUG